GCCUGAUGUUGGAGCCUCCAGAUGGCAGUGAAGUUUCUGACCGUAGACUUUCUCUUGGCCCAAACUGAUAUCAUCCCACAGUUGUAAGGUUGGAGAUAUAAUACAGUACCUGCAGAAUGGCGGACAAUUGGUGGGGAGGUUGGAUUCAUCAGAACAUUGCGGAGGUGAAAGCCAAGUCUGCGAAAGCCAUGGAGCUUUUGAAGUGUGACUUGGCUGAAUUCACACAGGUUAUCCAAAAUGAUACUGUGACUACUAUUGCUGCCACAGCUUUAGCAUUCAAAGAAAAACUGAAUGUUGAGGAGUCCACAGAAGGAUCUCAUAAGGUCAGCAAAGGGCUUUCAAGUUUCCUUGGAGCCAUCUCAGAAGCAUUUGCUCCUGUGGUAGGAGAACCAGACACGCCUCAUGUGAAAACAGUCCAAGACAUUCAGUUGAGAAUUGGCGAACCAUAUGAUGGUGUUAAAGUUCGAUUAUGUAAUCUUCAGACUAAUCCAGCAACAUAUUGUGCUAAACCAGAUGAGCAAUAUAAUGUCUGGCUGUCAGGCUUCAGCUUGGAAGAUGAGAAGUGCACAAUAUCCAGUCUUCUGGUCGAUAGUCCAGAAAUAAGAGAUCUUUAUGCAAAAUUGGUUCCAAGUGAAGUUGCUCAUAAUGACUUCUGGUGUCGGUAUUUCUAUAGAGUACAUCAACUUCAUCAGGAGGAAGCAAGAAGAACAGCUUUGAAAGAGAGAGCAGAGCAAACUAUACACUCAGAGGACCUCAAGUGGGAAGAUGAUGAAGAUGAAUUGAAUAGCUCAAGUAUAAAUGUUGGUGCUGAAUGUAGACCAAAUGAUGUAAAUCUAGAAACUGAAGACAUGCAUAACAGUUUCAACCCAAGAGGAACAUCUGAGAAAUCGGGAAACAGUCUUGAAGAAGCAGGCCAAAGAAUCACCAUGGCAAGUCUUUUAGCAGGCACAUCACAUGAAACCCAGCUAUUUGCAAAGCUUUCUGAUGAAGACAGUGAAAUAAUCAAAUGUAAAAGCCUUGUGGAGGGACCCAGCAAAAUAUCAGAACCAUUACUGAAAAUUGAAAGAAAGCAGAGCAGUAAAAGUACUUCAAAAGAAGAAGGAAAGCAUAAUGAACUGUUUGAGGGCAAAAGUGUUGGUGAGGAUGCUUCAGACUCUGAGUGUCCUCUCUCUACUUCUAACCUAAGAAAUUUCAUGCUUUCACCAUCAAACACUGAUCAAAAUUCAAGAUUAAAAUUUGAUUCUAGUAUCAAAGAAUCUACUUUAGUAAAAGUUACAGAAAACACUUUAAAUUCUGCUGAGAACUGGGAUGAAGAUAUUGAUCUAGAUAUGACUGAAGAAGAAAUCCAGAUGACUUUGUCUCAAGCUGAAGACUUGGGAGAGCUUGAAAUCGAAGACUGGGAAGAUUGGGUAUGCGAAAAGAAGUGAAAUCUUUUGGCCUUUCUGCUUUUAUGUAUAGAGCUAUUUGCCCAAAAGCAUUUGUAACUGCAUCCCACACAAGCAAUCAGUUGCUAUUUUCUGCAUUCUACAUCGAGUCAGCUAUUUAUGGAUUACAUGAUUGCCAAAUUUACAGCAUCUUGUAAAUAAUUGUAAUUUUGAACUUAUUGUUUAGUUUCAUGAGGUGAUUGAAUGCAACUGAGAAGUAUACAAAAUAUUAAAUUUUAGUGAUAGAAGCGAAAGGCAGCCUUGAUCCGAUCUACAUUGUCUAUGUUUGUACGUCAGCAGAAAAAAUAUGGACUAUCUUUUUGAGAGUUUUCAGGAAAAUAUUUAGGAUUAUCAUAUAAUCUUGUAGAAUCUAGCAAUGCUGAAAGAUUUGAUGGGCCAUCCACAUGGGAGAGCUGUCAUAUUGUUCUAAAUCUUAUCAUAUUGUUCUGAACCGCAUGACAGGCUGAUCUGGAAGGUUAGGUUGCAUGGGAUUCAGGGGGAGCUAGUGAGGUGGAUUCAGAAUUGGCUUGAUGAUAGGAAGCAGAGGAUGAUGGUUAAAGUUGAUUCGCCAACUAGAGGCUUGUGACUAAUGGGGUGCCCAAGAGAUCAGAGUUGGGACCUCUGUUAUUCAUUAUAUAUGUAAAUGAUAUGAAUAUACAUGGCACGAUUAGCAAGUUUGUUGAUGAUACUAAAUUAGGGGGUCUUGUUGAUAGUGAAGCAGGUUACAGUGAAUUGCAGAGAGAUCUUGAUCAGUUAGGGAGAUGGGUUGAGUAAUGGCAAAUGGAUUUCAACUUGGAUAAGUGUGAGGUGAUGCAUUUUGGACAGUUAAACCGAGGUAGGAUUUGUCAGCACCCUGCCAUUCACUGCUUGUGGGACAGAGGGACCUUAGAGUACAAGUGCACAGUUUGUUGAAAGUGGAUGAGCAAGUAGACAGGGUGGUGAAGAAGGUGUUUAGCAUGCUGGCCUAUAGUCAGGGCAUUGAGUUUAGGAGUAGGGACAUUAUGUUGCAGUUAUAUAAGUCAUUUUUGAGGUGCACUUGGAGUAUUGUGUACAGUUUUGGUCACCCUGUUGUAGGAGAGACAUUGUCAAGCUGGAGAGGGUGCAGAAGAGAUUUACGAGGAUGCUACCUGGACUAGAGGGCCUGAGAUAUAGGGAAAGGUUGGCCAUGCUGGAUCUUCACUCCUUGGAGUGCAGGAGAAUGAGGGGUGACCUCAUAGAAGUUUAUAAAAUCAUGAGGGGUAUGAAUAAGGUGGACAGUCAGAGUCUUUUCCCCAGGAUUGUGGAGUCCAGAACUAGAGGGCACAGAUACAAGAUAAGAGGGGAGAGAUUUAAAAGCGACCUGAGAGGUAACUUCUUUACACAGAGGGUAGUGAGUAACUGGAAUGAGCUGCCAGAGGAAGUGGUGGAGGCAGGUAUAAUUGCAACAUUUAAGAGGCAUUUGGAUAAGUACAUGGAGGGGAGGAGCUUGGAGAGUUAUGGACCAAACCCAGGCAAUUGGGCCUAGCAGGAAGCAUGCUGUGGUUGGCAUGGACCAGUUGGGCUGAAGGGCCUGUUUCCGUGGUGUAUUACCAUAUGAAUUUAUCUUAUUGGCUAAUUUUGUGGUGAAAGUAUGAGCCUUCUGCCAUUGCACCAUGUAAUUGAUGGCAACUUCAGCAAUUUGGAACAUGGAAACAUGGAAAAUGGUGUCAGUGGUCCACUGCCAAGCAGCUGGCUGGACUCCUCAUGGACUUUGGCAUGUGAGGGAGGACAUGGGUUAAAUCUCCUCCACUUGUGAUGGACUCUCACCAUAUAGUCUGCACCAAGCCUGAAAAGAGGCAAAUGGUAGUUCUUCUGAACUCGAGUGGGUGGAAACAACUGUGAGAACCUAAUUUUAAAAACAUUAUUCUAAAAUGCUUCCUUAUGUAUGAUAUUUAGCUUGAAUUAGUUUGUGAAUUUGCAAUUUUAAAAUGUUUACAGGAGUCUAAAUUGUUUUGGAUAUUUUGGAUUUUGUUUUAAGCUUUAAAUGUUUGUGGCUUGUUUUUAAAUAAUCUAAAGUUUGA